UGGGUAAAUGACAUAUCCAUGUGCUUCCUCUUUUCUCUCACAGCCAUUGCAGUCUAAGCUGUCACUAUGCAGAACGAUCAAGGAGAAUUUGUGGAUAUGUACAUCCCUAGAAAAUGCUCUGCAAGCAACAGAAUCAUAGCAGCAAAGGACCAUGCAUCAAUUCAGAUCAAUAUUGCUGAUGUGGAUCCUACCACUGGCCGCAUGACUGGAUCUAACACAACUUACGCCAUCUGUGGAAACAUUAGAAGAAUGGGAGAAUCUGAUGAUUCCCUAAUCCGAUUGGCAAAGAGAGAUCACCUCAUAGCCCAGAACUUCUGAUGAGAAUGUGAUCUGCCUGGUGUUGUUAACUUUUAUCAAUAAACAUAUCUACAACAUCA